AUGUCUUUCGGCCUCUCCCUCCGCCCUCUCAGCUCCCUCCCAUGGCGCCGUCCCGAAGGUCUCCUCCCCUCAGGUCGACGGAGACCUAGUUCAUCCGUAGUUCCGAGAGUGGCGGGGAUCAGAGCGCAGCAGAGGAGCCGGGAACCGCCGGCUCCUCGGCGACCCGGGUGGGAAGAGGUCAUGGUGACGGCGGCCAGCCUCUACCCACUCUACGUGACGGCUGGCGGCGCCGUCGCGUGCGUCAAGCCCUCGGCCUUCUCCUGGUUCGUGGAGAGGGGGCCUGGUUCCUACAGCUGUGCUCUGGGGUUUAUAAUGCUGGCCAUGGGGAUCACGCUGGACCUUGAGGACUUCUUCAUUUUACUCGCGAAAAGGCCCUUGUCUGUAAGUUCUCAUUAGGGAUAUAGCAUGGAGAUUUUUGGCUUGGAUAACAGAUUGCGUGGCUAUUCUCCUAUCGGGAUAGUUUUCCGAUUGAAGUUCUCGUGUUACGAUUGGCGAUCUCCCUGGUCCUUUUAAAAUGGAAUUUUAAGCAUGGAAAAUGUGAUAUGUCUGUGGAUACUUCAGAUGAUUUUAGAUAGUCUGCUGACAAAUACAGAUCGAAUUGCUUUAUUUACUAACGGAUAAAUAAAUUUUGCGGUUUAUGGCAGACCUCUUCUUCUUCUUUUUCUUUUUUUUUAAACUCUUUUGGAACGUAAGGCUUAGGUUCUCCUUGUUGAUAUUUGUGGUUUGAAUAUUUUCUGUCAUUUUUUUGGCAGAUACUCUUUGGAUGUGCUGCUCAAUACACCAUCAUGCCAGUUUUUGGAGCAAUUAUUGGCAAGGCCAUGGGACUUUCGCCAGCUCUUUCUGUUGGCUUGAUUCUCCUUGCAUGUUGUCCUGGGGGUACAGCAUCGAAUGUUGUAAGAUAUCUUCUCGUGCAUCUCAAUUUCAAAAAAGAAAGAGAAAAAAACUAACCUGAUUUUGUCGCAGUUCAAAACACUUGAUAUGCAAGGGAAAUGGAUCACACAAAUGAUGUAUCCAUCAAUUCAAAAUAGAAUCACAUAGUAUGCAUGUUUGAUAAAUAACUUACGGCAUCAUUAGUUGCACUCAGCCCAGGGUGCUCAACAUUGGCAUGGCGUAAGAUUGUCAUAACUCUUACAACAUUUUCCAGGGAGGCUCUGCAUUUUCUCAUCCAUUUCCUUCAAAUAGCAUUGCAGGUUACCCUAAUUGCUCAAGGAGACGUGCCACUUUCCAUUGUAAUGACUGUUUGCACAACUCUAUCUGCGGUGUUCCUUACUCCAACAUUGACCAAAAUCCUGGCUGGAGCAUAUGUCCCUGUGGACGCUGUCAAGCUCUCCAUUAGCACCUUGCAGGUGAAUUAAUAAUCUUCAGCGCAUAUUUUCAUCCUAUAUCAGAUUUCUUUUCCAGGUCGGUAAAUAUUUUUGGUUUUCUUCAGGUGGUGGUAGCCCCACUUCUGCUGGGUUCCUACAUGCAAAAAGUGGUUCCAGAUUUUGUGAAAGUGGUGACACCAUUUGCCCCACUUCUUGCCGUGUUAGCCUCUUCAUUGUUAGCGAGCAGGUUUGCUUUGGAAAUCUGAUUCUUCACCGGCUCUGAAAAAGAGCAUAAUUCCGAGUCCAUCUAUGACUUUGCCUUUUAUGCAGUGUAUUCUCAGAAAACCUCGUUCGUCUGAGACAAUCAAUGGCUGCUGCGUCAAAUGGAAUUGAUGGUGUCCCAAACUUUGGGCUCAAAAGCUUUUUAUCCGGAGAUUUGGGAGCUGUCAUAAUAUCUGUCAUAUUGCUGCAUCUUGCAGGGUACUUGGUGGGGUAUGGCCUCCCUUCUCUCUCGUCUUUGACUCGUUUCUUUAUUCAUGAAUUGUAUCUAUCUACUGGUUCUCACACUACAGUAUAAAUACUCUUCUCGUGGGUAGAAACACACAUGCUCAUUAUUAGGCUUCCCAAUGUGAGAAGUAUGGCAUAGACUUUUCAAAAGUUCCAUACAUUCUACGUUGCAGGUACACUUCAUCAGCUAUUUGUGGGUACAAAGAGCGGCAGCGUCGAGCAAUUUCGAUUGAGGUAUUGACCCUGUUUGUACUGCUUCCAUUGAUGGUUCCAGUGUCUCAACUGAAACAACACAAAGGAGUGCAGUAUGUGAUAUAAACUACAGAUUCCUUCCACUGUGGCAAGCCCGUGCUCCAUUCCCUUUUACAUCGUAAACUGUGCCAUCCAUGCUACUUCUUGAUCUCCGUUUCAAUGCAGAAGUUUUGGGAUUUUGUGUGAUGUAGAUGGAACUAAACACGCGUCAUAACCAGGAAUGUUAUAAUUUUUUAUUUCCUUUUGAGUUUUAACCUUGAAGUAAGCAAGCUGGUAGAUGAUUAAAGUCGUUAUUCCAGAAAGUCGUGGUGCAGAUUCUACCCUACACAGAGAAGUUAUUUUGGCAUUAAUAGUUCCCUGAUAACUGUUCUUUCCCUUUUAUGGGCAUGCGAUAAUAUAUAUAUAUAUAUAUAUAUUGAUUGGUCCUAUGACAUGAAGCAUAUCAGUUGAUGGGAUCAUAACAGAGUUAGACUUUUUAAAUAGUUUAUGCGAUCAUAUACUUCUUCUUAAGUGGAUUUGCCACUCCAAUCUUGUGAUUCUCUGUCCUUUGCUUCCCCAGGUGGGGAUGCAGAACUCAUCUUUGGGGGUCGUCCUGGCAAGCUCCCAUUUCACAUCUCCUCUGGUCUCCCUACCCUGCGCCAUGUCAGCUGUCAUCAUGAACAUCAUGGGUAGCACCUUGGGUUUUAUUUGGAGAUACGUGGAUCCCUCGGAUCCCCCUGACAGGCUUUCAUCCGAUGUAGACAACUCGGAGUAA